UUUUGAAUCAUUCUCUGGUUUCAAAAAAAUAAAAUGGCUUCUUUUUCGAUUGAAGAAUUUAUUGGGAAUGGAAUUCUCAAAGAACUUCUUCCAAAGCUGUUAGAGGAAGGCUGGGAUGACGUACCAACCUUGAAGAUCAUGAAUGUAGAAGACAUGGAUGCCACAAAUAUGACACGAGAACAAAAGGAUGCACUGGAGAUCAGGACAUACCUGCACGACCGUUCGCUGAUGCAAUAUGGAGAUAAGCUUGAGUUAUCUGGGAAAUGUCUUCCUGAGCUUCUUAGUUUGAGUUCUGCAGAUCUUUCUUCACAGUUUGGCAUGAAGAGAGGCCAUAUCGCGCGCUUCAUGGACAGGAGCGGCCCAUGUACUGAUUCCUCUCCCCAAACAAAAGCUCUUCCUCCCACCAGAAUGGCCAGCAGACCAUCCACAAAUAACAGCACUUACAAGAGCUUUGUGCAGGCCAACUCUCAAAACCUGCGAAGUAUAACGAGACCAAUGGCGAGAAAUAGCAGUAAAUCGCUUGAGCAGUCCUUGGCUAGUUUCAAGAUUGGUGAAGGAUACACCUUCAAAGGGAUUGUUGCUGCAGGGCCAGGCGAGAGUAGAGCGUGUGGUUGCGUGAAACCUCCUCCUGUGGUUGAUCAAGUUGCUCCUUAUUCUGCUAUCGAAAACAUCUCGCUGCAGAAAUUAACUCCAGAGUACAAGAUUGGGAUGGAGCGUUUGGUGAAAUCCAAGGCACCUCCAAUGAAGGCAUCAGAAUUGUGGCGAGAUAAACCAGCUGUGAUCCUCUGCAUUCGACGUCCCGGGUGCAUUAUGUGUAGAGCUGAAGCUCACCAGCUAUAUGCCAAAAAACCAAUAUUUGAUGCACUGGGAGUUCAACUAUAUGCGGUUCUUCAUGAACACAUAGAAUCAGAGGUGAAAGACUUCUGGCCAAGGUACUGGGGUGGCGUUGUACUCUACGACCGGGGCUUGGAUUUCUUCAAAGCUCUUGGUGGUGGGGAGCUGCUCAAAGAGAAGUUCCUGUCAGGAUUUGUUUUCAACCUGCGAGCCAUAGCAAAUUACAGGCGCGCGAAGGCAAUGGGGAUAAAGCAGAACUUGAAAGGAGAAGGAGAAAUCAAAGGAGGACUUUUCAUUAUGGGGAGCGGAAGGAGUGGCAUUGCUUACCAGUUUAUUGAGAGGAAUUUCGGUGAUUGGGCUCCUCCUGCUGAGCUCAUAGAGAUCUGCACACAGCUGCAGAACCCACAUCAAGGUCAAGGGGAGUGCAUCAGGUCAUCACAGGAAUAAAAAGUACGCUUCAGACGCACAAUUCUUGUGAUCUAUAUAGUUAGUUAUUCACAAUGUUUAAGAGUUUUGUAAGUUAAUCUACAUUGUUGAAAAAUAUUUGGAUAUUUCCCCUUCAACUCUUCUAUGAUCUGUGCUAUUAGACUUGGUGU